AUGCUCGCGCUGCUGCUCGUCACUUCCUCCGCAGACUCCGUCUUCGCAGGAGUCAUGGGCUGGCGCUGGGCCUUCAUGGUCUUGGGCCUCUUGAGCUUGGCGUUGGCCUUCUUCAGCAAAAGGGUUUUGUCGGGGGCCCCCGAGGGGGGACCCCCGGGGGGCCCCCAGGGGGGCCCCCAGGAGGGGGGGCCCCCCGGGGGGGCCCCCAAGAGGCCCCGGCUUGGGGCUUUGUGGGUCACUUUUAAAGAACUCCGUUAUGUGCUUCGAAACAAGAGUUUCUGGCUAAUGCUGGUUAUGGUUUCAACCACAGAGUCCGUGGGGGCUGCGCUGCUGGGGGCCCCACUAGUGGGGCUGCUGGCGGAGCGGGCUUUUGGGUACAUUCCAAUCAAGGGGGGCCCCCACGGGGGCCCCCCUGGGGGCCCCCCGGGGGCCCCCGCAGCGGGGGGGGGCCCCCCGGGGGCCCCCGGGGCAGGGGGGCCCCCAGGGGCCCCCGGGGCCCCCCAAGGCCACCCCGAAAACGCCGAGGCCCUCAGCAAAGCCCUCGUCCUCACUACUGUGGGGCCCUGGAUGAUAACAAUUUGUAUUUAUUUUCUUUUGAUGGGGACUUAUGGAAAAGACAGGAGGCGGGCGCUGCGGCUGGCGCAGCAGCAGCAGCGCAGCAGCAGCAGCAGCAGCAGCAGCAGCAGCAGCAGCAGCAGCGCGGCAGCAGCAGACCUCGAACUCGGAGAGCUGCAGGAUGAAGGCGCCGACAGCGACCUCGAACUCCUCAGCCUCAAGGGGCCCCCAACCCCCCACGAGGGGGCCCCCGACGGGGGGGCCCCCAGCAGGGGGGCCCCCAGCAGGGGGGCCCCCACUAGGGGGGCCCCCACAGGGGGGGGCCCCCUCUACGUGAAGGUUGCUUCUAGUGUACAUACACCCCGAGAGGCAGACGCAGAGUGUCCUCCCCUUGUAGCAGCAGAAGACGACACUGACCCAGAGAGCCCUGCUGCUGCUGCUGCUGCUGCUGCUGCUGCUGCUGCUGCUGCUGAGGCUGCUGCUGCUGCUGCGCAGGCCGAGCCUGCUGCAGACUUCAGCAGCAACAGCAAACACGAACCCACCCCUGUGUAG